UGGCGCCGCUGGACUCCCGGAUCGACAAGUGUGUUCCGCGGCGUGCGCUCUAACCCUUCGGUGGAAUUCGGCCGGAAGAACGAGACGCUCGGCCGCUACGGGGUAGAAGACCAGUCCAGAUUCUCAGUCAUCCAUCAUCGGUGUGCGCGGUGCGUUCUAGACGAAAGGAAAAGGCUGAAGCUCGGCUCGGAAGCCUUCUAAGCCGCAGCCACAUACGAGUUCCGUCUUCGGUCCGGUCCGGUGAAGAUUGUGUUGUGUGCUCCGUGAGUGUGAAAAUUGUUGGCGUGUUCCGAGUGGAAGUGCUACAAUAUUCCGGGACGUCCGUGAUCCGUGAGCGACCCGCAGGAAAGCAGUGCCCCCGACAGGAAAGCGGCGGCAGGCCACAGCCACAAAGAUGCCUUCUCAGCCUUACGAUCUCGUCAAGGAUGAUCAAGACAUCAGAGUGCCGCUGUACCCGGAGCAGGCUUUCUACGGCAACGGUCUGAUGUUUCAGGCAAAGCUCAUCGGAUGGCAGGCCGUACCCAGGCCCAGCAACCGCACGGAAAUCGUUCAGGCCAUGCGUAGGAUACGGUACGAGUGUAAAGUGCAAAACAGUAAGAAAAAGAAGGUCACCGUCAACAUCUCCGUCGAAGGGGUGCGCGUGUGUCUCAAGCGGAAACGGCGAAAGAAAAAGCAACACCAGUGGAAUGACCCGCUGGAGAUAGAGCUGCUCAACCACCCGAUCUACCGGAUAUUCUACGUCUCGCACGACAGCAACGAUCUGAAGAUCUUCAGCUACAUUGCCCGCGAUGGCAGCAGCGACGCGUUCAAGUGUUGCGUUUUCAAGACGAACAAGAAGUCACAAGCCAUGCGGAUUGUCCGAACCGUGGGCCAAGCAUUCGAAGUGUGCCACAAGCUGACCAUACAGGACGGCGGGGACAACCUGGGCGACGACCACUCGGAGCUGUCACGGUGCGACGUGUCCGACCAGGAUCGGUGCUCGGACCGCAUCAGCGAGGACGGCGACAUCAAGAAAGAUCCGACGAAAUCAGCCCACGACUCACCGCGUUUGGCUCGGCCGGACCAUUUGGAUUUGGGUACGCUACUGCAGCAGCAGCAACAGCAGCACUUGCCGGCCUCUUCCGUCGCCAUCGCCAACAGCUCCACCGGCACCAGUAUGCUACCGCCCAUGUACCGAUCAUCACCUUCCGCACAGGAGACGACGGACCCCGAAGCGGUCUCGUCGGCAGCAUCGCUUGCGAAAACACCGCUCUCUGCAUCGCGCGAAAUGACGACGCUACGUGAGCAGCUGGACCAGCAGCAGCACCAAACGCGCCAAGUGCUGGCCCAGCUGAUGCUCGUCCGCGAGCAGCUAAUCUCGGAAACGAACGCCCGCAUGGACGCCCAGGCACGUAUCCAGCAGUUGUUGCAGCAGAAUCGUGAGCUAUUAGAGCAUAUUGCCUCCCUCGGUGGCUAUCACGAACCGGACCGACCGGGACUCUCGGCCACCGCCAUCGGCAUCGCUCCGCAGCUCUCUUCGACAGCGAAGGUAGCCCGCUGGUUCCACACGCUGCAGUGGACCAACCAGUCGCAGUCGCUGUCCCGACCGGAGUCGGGCUUCGUGUCGGGUGAUUCGCGCUCGGAGCGCAACCAAAAGUCGGACGUCGAUAUGGUGGACCUGGUAGCCAAAGAUCACCAGCAUGGCCACGGGGCCGUCUCGAACGGGGUCGACCUGUGCGACGAGUAUCUGCUCGUCGAGGGCACCAGCAACCUGUGGAGCAAGCUGAGCGUCAAGAAGCGCAAGAAGCUGCUCGGCCUGAAGCUCGGCAAGGUCACCACCUUCUAGCCCCGGCGCCGCUGGCCACCGCUCACCCUGACGGCCCCCAAUGGCGGCUUCGGCGGCGGCGGCGGUGGUCAGCGAUGGUGGAACGGAACGAGCCAGCCGAUGGUGCGACUGACGGCGGCUACGUCCGGUUCCUCCAGUGCCAGCGACAACGAUAGCGACGGCGACGAGUAAGCAGGCGCAGCCGAGUAUGGCUCCGCUGGGCGAGCGUUGGUCCCCGGGCUUAGCUGCAGACGCUAACCCGCCCUCUCGGACACAACCAGGAAACUUCUUCCCCUGCGACCCCCCCGUAAAACGCCAUGAAUGUGAGAUUUUGUUGACACCAGCACUGGGGAAAAGUAAGGGCGCGCUCUGCGGUGGAUGCACGAGCGCGAAUCUUUGCUUUUCGACCCGGUCAUCCGGGCGCGCCCGCGCGUGCCCUUGUGCACCAUAUCAAAGCCGGGGCCAAGUCCGGAACCGUCGGUCGGGGCUCCCGGAAGCCGAAGCAUUCGAAUGGAUGGCUGGGAGAGGAAGGAAUCAUGUCAACGUUAACUUAAAUUUAAGCAACAAAAAACAUAAGACACCGAAUGGGUUCGCGUCCGCCCAUCGUCGCAGAGUAGCACACUAGCGCAGCGCAGCAUAUUUAUUGCUUUGCUUCGUACGAUUUCAGUCAACUCCGGCUCUGGGGUGGAUUAGGUUCAACUACUCCAUGCAUGCGUUGACAAGACGAUGGCCGAUAGAGUAGUCACUCUCCCCGCAAAGAAAACCCGCGGACUACUAUUAACACACUACCCCGUAAGCUCAUUAGAUUCAUUCGAUUCGCUCGUCGAUCAUCAAUCAAUCAUCAUCAGGUUAAGGACCCCGUUCACGGAACCCCAUUUUGGUUCAAUUUUUCCCUGGAUGCGCUCAACCUAGAGGUGUACGUAUGCGCGAUCCCAAGACUGAUUUUUGACGGCAACAAACGAACAAAAUUUGGCGACUCUUGUGCGCGCAAAAAUACAGGACAUUCCAAUCAUAUCCCGUUCGAGAAAGAGAGAGAGAGAAAGAGAGAUAGCAAGUAGCGAUAGUAGACCAUAGCUUAACCACUAGUUAACGUUAGAAAGCGCAGACUUCCCGAGUUCCGUUUCCUCUGCCCCGAGUGUGUGUUCUUUCUCGCUCUCUCCGUGUAUCUCGUGUUCCGACCGAGAUCGUGGCUGCUGAGGCGGCGCUAGGGUGUAAGUAGUUUAAUUGUCCCCUUCCAAUUCU